AUGUCCCGUCGGGUCCGAAUCCCGCCGCAGUCCACGCCGAUGAAUCUUGUGUCGGCAUCCCGGCGGUCGGCGCGCGAGAUGCUCAUCCCGUUCGAGAACACCCGGCGGACAUCCUACGUCAAGCGCGUCAACGGGGCCGCACGCAAGUUCAGCGAUCUGCGCUGCAUCACCGGCGUCCAGGCGUUUGGCUUCUUUGCGGAUCCCCAUUCCGGGCACCACCGGAUGACUUUCACCGAUGCCCUGCACCAGCACAUGGCCGACCUGCAUCUGUCCCUGAUCACGAUUGCCUGCGAGCGGGAGUCCUCCUGCUACAUCUAUCCGAACUUGUGCGGCGAUGAUACCCCCCUCCUGAUGAAGCCCUUGGAUUUGAUGACCCGCAGCCUGCCCAGCACCCCGGGUGGGGCCAUGUCGCCGGUUGGGCCCCUCUCACCCCGGGGCAUCAGUCGGGUGGACUCCUGCCCGCUGAGCGGGCCCGGGGGCUCCCACUCGCCGAAUGGCGAAUCGAGUCUGACGGGUGGCCCCCCUCCGGGCUCGGCCGAGAGACUGCGGCUCCCGGCGCCGGAGAUGUCAGCAUCGGGGAAUGAUCACCUCCGGCGGCCGAGCGACAUGCAGAGCACGGUGCACCCCUUUCCGAUGGCCUUCCCCCCUCGUGGCAUGUUUGGCCGUGCCAUGCCGACCCCCAUCAACACGAGCAUGAUGGGCCAGGCCCCGGAGCUCCCUUUCAGAUCCGGCACCCUGCCCCACCCGGCCACUCGGACAGGGGCCGCGGAUUUCGUCCCGGUCGACGGGCCGAGCGCCCCAGCGAUGGGACCGUCGGCGAAGGUCACCCCGGCUCGACAGCCCUGUCUCCCCGGAUUGACCACAUAUGCAUUGAAUCCCAACAACAACAACAACAACAGCAACAGCAGCAGCAGCAGCAGCUACAGCAGCAGCAACAUACGCCUCCCGAAGUGCCUCUAUAUCCCUUCGACACUCCGCACCACCACCACCACCACCACCAUCAUCAUCACCAUCAGCUCCACCAGCUUCAGCAGCUCCAGCAGCUCCAUCAACAUCAUCAACAUGAUCAGCACCAUCAGCGCCAUGCUCAUGACCAGCACCAUCAGCGCCAUGCUCAUGACCAGCACCAUCAGCACCAUCAGCAUCAUCAGUUUCACCGGCAGCGCCAGGAGCAGCAGCAGCAACAGCAGCAACAGCAGCAGCAACAGCAGCAGCAAGCAUGCUAUAGCAUGCAGCAGCACCAGCCCCGGCUGCCACCACACUAUCCCCAGCACCACGGCCUCCCCCUGCCGCCACAAACAAUGGCCAGUGCAUGUUCCCAAACGAAUGGCACCAUAGGCCAUGGCACUCAAAAUGUCUAUUCCGCCACCAGUACGGACAAUGUCCCGCUGAAACCCUUCAUAUGGGAUCCCCCCUUGCUUGGUGGCUGCACGGCAGGUGACACGGGCACCACCCCUGCCGCAAGUUAUGCCGAGUCCUCCGAGCACAUAUCGGCACCUAGCUCGGGAUCCAAUCCGGGAGGGGGUUACUCUCCGGAUCCGUCCAUGGCCAGCCACCCGUCCCCUCUUUUUUCACAUCCCCAUGUCCCGCAGCAUGAUCAUCACCACACCUCCGAUGCCCUCCGCUCCCAGCAUCCUUUCCACCCUUUUUAGGCCUCUUCCCAACAUCAGCGGCGGCAGCAGCGGCGGCAGCAGCGGCGGCAG